UUCCUAGCGGAACCGGAAGCGGAAGCAGGCCGUAGCCGGGUGAGAGGAGAGGGGUCGGCAUGGCGCUGCGGCUGCUCUCGCUUUUGCUGCUGCUGCUGCUGCUGCUUGGCAUCGCUGCCGAGACCACAAACCGGGAUGGUGUCGCGACCGGGACCGCAGGUGUUGAGCAGGGAUCAGAGAACUCAAAGUCCACCAAGCCUUCAAGCGCUGGAGAAGACAGCAAUGCACGUAAUGGAGAUAAUGGAGGGGCAACGGGUGAGAAAGGAGGUGCAGGUGAUACAGAUCAAAGCAAAGUUCUGAGAAAGGAGGAGGAGAACCGGCACAAAGAGACAGGGGAACAAGAUGAGAAAGGGAAACAAGGCACUCAGGGCCAAGACACCAGCCAGAGCAGCAACAACGAUAAUAAUCCAUCUGGCAGUAACACUGCUAGCCAACCCAACACCCAGAACAGCAACAGCCAAACUGACACCCAUGAUGGUGCCCACGAGCAAAACACCUCCAACAACAACCGUCAGGACAGCAAGACAGGCAGCCAAGGCAAUCCGACCAAGCAAAAUGGCAACACUGCUGGCCAAAAUGGCCAGAAGGAGCAUAGUGACAGCACCAACAGCCAGACCAAUGAACACCAGGACAGCACCAACAACCAGAAUAAUGAACACCAGGACAACACCAACAACCAGAAUAAUGAACACCAGGACAACACCAACAGCCAGGAUGACCAGCAAAGCAGCAGCAACCAGCAACAUGACAAUGCCAACACACAGGACAGCAGCCAGGGCGCCCAGGCAGGCUCACUGGGAAAUAACAGCCCGUCCUCGCCGUCAGUUUCAUCUGCUCAUGUCACCGAAGGCUCUCCAGAUGGUGACGAACUCCCUGAGGAAGAGGAUGGGGUUGGAAAUGGGAACGGUGCUGCCUUAUUUAAUAAGGAGAGAGAGAAGAGUGUUCCCAUUUCUCCGGGGCAGAAGUCAGAGAACAGCCACUUCUUCGCCUAUCUGGUGACCACGGCGAUUAUCGUCGCUGCUCUCUACGUUGCCUAUCACAACAAACGGAAGAUCAUCGCUUUUGCCCUGGAAGGGAAGCGAUCCAAGGGCGGCCGGCGGCCCAAAUCCGGCGAUUAUCAGCGGCUGGAUCAGAAGAUCUAGAUUCCUCCUCAGGUAUUCAGUGGAAGAAAGGUGCUUGGCAGCGAUGAGACUGGAAUGGUGGGGCCGCGCCGGCUGGCUGCCUGCUGUAGCACUGAAUCGUAGCUUUGCUGUUGUCUUCAGACCUCGGAGAGCAGGAGGAAGGGGAAAUGCUUUUACUUUUGCACCUGCACCUUGGUAAUCUUUGGUUCUCACUUCCUAAAAAUGUGUUUCUCCUUUCUCAACUGCCUGAACCGGUUUCCGCUUGGGUGCCUGGCUUCUAGACGUGGCCCAAGAGAAGCCAGCUCUGGCACUUGACAGAACAUUCGUGUCCAAAUGAAAUGGGCCUUUCCAUCUGCUGUACCGACGUCUCCUCUUGAAAAAAAAAUCCGCCUGCAAAAUGAGCCACGUGAUUCCUUUCAGUCACGGAGCUGCUGUGAGCAGCGCUGUCCUGCUGGAGGCACGGACGUUCUCUUUCUCUGUCCAUUGUAUUUGGAUGCUAAAGUUGGAGCGUGAUUGCACUAGCUUGGAAAUGAUCUGCCAAGGACUCUGUUUGGCUUUGUUUCUUUUCUUCCUCUCCAUGAUGAAGGCAAUGUUCGCUUCACGUCUCACUCCUCACUCAAUGCACUUAACGGAGCUGCCUUCGACCCUCGGUUCUGUCUUAGACUCCCUCACUUGCCCUGUGGCAGUUGUGCUCCGUGUGGCUCUGUUCCCGCGUGGUCCUCGCAGCUGAGAUGCUUGCACUAAUGAGGACAAUUAGUUUGAUGCUGUGAAAGCGAGCCGCUCAGGCUUAUGAGGUUCUGUGCCGUACAGCUGCAGCGAUGGAGCGAAUUUCACCUCCAAGGAUGACUGCGUUCCCUGUUGUUAAAAUGUCGUCGUGAUGAUGCAGAGUGGUUGACAGUCCUGAAGCAUUUGGGAUGAAUGAAACUCGCAGUCUUUCAAACCUCUUCCUCUCCUUCAGUGCUGAGCUCUGCAGCAGGAGAGGCGCAGCUCCUGCUGUGAGCAGGUUUGUCCUGCAGCCCCCAAACCCCUCUCUCCUCUCCUGCUGCUCUGUGCUCCCCUGCUUUGGGAGGUUUCAUGUGGUUGAUGUUCACCUCACCAGCAGCUUAUUGCUGUUUUCUCAGCUUCGCUGUGGGACACUGAAAUGAGGGCCGGGGAUGGACUAACACUGGUUGUAUUGAAGGCUGCAAAACAUGUUGAUUCCUGAGCUGUUUUGCUGGUCUUAUUUUUGUAGUUUUGCUCCAAAGAUGUUUUACUUGAGACAGGGCGCUUCUGAAGGAUGUAUGUAAAGUGCCUGCCUGGCUUCUUUCUUUCUUUGUUUUUCCUAAUGGGCAGAAAGUGACGGCUGUGGCUCAUGGAGGGCUCUUCACACGGGUGCUCAUCCCCCCCAGAGCUGCACAGAGGAGUCCUGUCCCCACUGUGAGGCCGGGGGGGGCUGCCUGUCCCCAGCCCUGCACCAAGGGUGAGCCGCCCACAGCUGCGGGGUGACGAGGGCAGGAAGUUCCCUUGUCUGGCCAUGAAGGCUACAGCUGUGUUCUGAUUUCCCAGCACAAAGGGAGAGAGGGACAAAGCCCCUCUUGCCUCGCACCUCUGGGAACGACUCCUAGGGCUUCUUUUCCCUUCUUAACGCUGUUAGGAUUUGUGCCACGUGUUUCAAACUGCUCAAGGAGCGCGAAGCCUUUUCCCUUUGGCCGUGGCACGUCUCUGAAUGGUGGUGUCUGUGGGUACGUGUCUCCUCCAGGUGGGGCUGCUCCUGGGCCCGCUGCCUUGCUGGUGCGAAGCAGCGCAGUUUGUUUCCUGCUGCAGUGCAACGCGACUUGCUUUGAAGGACCAGAAUUUUUAUAUUGCUUUGUACUUUUUUUUUUUUUUUCCCCUGUGUGGUAAAGUCAAUAAAUGGUUUAAAAAAAUA